AUGGCAUCUUAUAAAGUGUUUAAAAAAUCAUUUGUGAUGGCAAUUAUUAUAAGUGCUAUAGUUUUUGUAUUCUUCUGGGCGAACAUGGAACUUGUCAGCUCAGGGAUGAUGAAAGAGAUUCCACUGAAUGUGAAGAAUAAACUAUGCCGCGUGAACUUCAAGGACCAGAGGACUUAUGUGAACAAGACGUCGGACUUGAAGAUGAUAUAUUUUGUGACACCCACGUACCCUCGGCCGGAGCAGGUACCAGAACUGACUAGGCUGGCCCACACACUGAUGCAUGUCCCGAGAUUACAUUGGAUCGUAGCUGAUGACCAACCAAUUUGCUCCGAUGUCGUAUUUGACAUACUAAGACGAUCGGGAUUGCCUUACACACACAUAUCGAGCCCAAAACCAUUCAAGUAUCAAAUCAGUAAUUUUCCUCGAGGAGUGGCGAACCGGCGGGCAGCGUUAGCGUGGCUCAGAGACAACGUCCAUGAAGGAGUCCUGUACUUUGGAGAUGAUGACAAUACGGUGGACCUGCAGCUCUUCGAUGAGAUCAGGAAUACGAAGAAAGUUUCAAUGUUUCCUGUCGGCCUGAUCGGAGAUUAUGGAGUUUCCAGUCCGGUCGUCACAGAUGGAAAGGUGGUGGCCUUCUUCGACUCGUGGGUUGGCUCUAGAACAUUCCCCGUGGACAUGGCGGGUUUCGCCAUCAACAUUAAGUUUCUGAAGGACACCGCUUACAUGCCGUACAAGACCGGACUAGAAGAAGACAGGUUCCUAGUAAGUUUAGGUUUAAAGUUCGACGAAAUAGAACCUCUCGCUGACAAUUGCUCAAAAAUACUAGUCUGGCAUACGAAAACUUUGAAAAAGAAGAAGCCUAAUCUUAAGAUUGACGUAAAAAUGUUUGAAAAUUCACAAAAGUACCGAGAUUUCGCAGGUUUACUUAAAGAAACUUCGAGGUUAGGCAUGGCGGAUGUAAGUUCUGUAAAUGGUUCAAAUGCUUACAUUUUCCUACCGAAGCAACAUAAGUUGACAGAAACUUCUAUGGUAGCUCCAAAUAGUUCUAAGUAA